GUCCUCGGUGGAAUUCUCAUUCUCUGCGCUCUCUUCCUCGACCUCCUGCGCUGCCUUUUCCCCUCCCUUCAUGUUUUCUCGCUUCACUCAACUGGCGCGUCACUUGUCUCGUCCUUUACUCAACCAGGCGCAUCGCAACGCCCCUUCACUUGCCCAACCUGCGCUCAAUAUGACAUCAUCAUCAUCUUCCGUUCCCUCCACGCAAAGGAGUACUAUCCACACCGCGGGCUGUAUAAUUAUUGGCGAUGAAGUGUUGGGUGGCAAGGUCAGUCUACAAAGGGCAUCCUGGCCAUGAUGUGCAAAUACUACGUCUGUUCUGGACAAACUGUCGACACAAAUUCGGCGUAUCUAGCCAAAUUCUGCUUCUCGAUCGGGCUCCACCUGAAAAGAGUCGAAGUCAUCGCCGAUGACGAGGAUGAAAUUAUUGAAGCCGCGCAGCGCAUGUCACGGAAUUAUGACUUUGUAGUGACUAGCGGUGGGAUUGGUCCGACCCACGAUGACAUCACCUACCAAUCGAUAGCCAAAGCCUUCAAUCUCGAACUUAAGCUGCAUGAGCCCACGGUGGCCAAGAUGAAGAAGUAUUCACGGCCGCAUAAAUCUCAGCCGAAUUUCUCCUGGGAUGUCCCGUCUCCUGCCCUGACAGCCAAAUAUCGGAUGGCCUUGCUACCUACCGAUCCUGACAUCCCCGAAGAGGAGCAAGUUUUGUUUGUCAAGGAAGACCUCUGGGUGCCGAUAUCUGUGGUCAAUAGAAAUAUACAUAUUCUCCCGGGUGUGCCGAGGAUAUUUGAAACCCUGCUCGAAGGUAUGAGACCACGAUUAAUACCACGACUAGCAGAUCCAGAAGGAAAGGGCAUGUAUCGAGUCCUAUUCAGCACUCCCCUGGCCGAGAGUGAGGUGGCCGAAUAUUUGACUCAACUCGCAGAAAAGGUGGGGCCCAAGGGUGUCAAGGUCGGUAGUUAUCCACGCUGGGGCAAGGCGAGGAACAUUGUCACCCUGGUGGGCAAGGACGUCGAGUACAUUGAUUCUUUGGAGGCCGAGGUGGCCCAGGGCGUCCACGGUCGCCGGGUGUCAGUUGAAGGGGAGGAUGAUUCAGGCGAUGAACAGGAUGUUCACAAGGAUAAAGACGCGUAGAAGCAGGUCCAAUAACAUGCGUCUCUUCACACCUCUCGAGAGUCACGAGUUCC